ACUUAAUUGUUUCAGAGAGAUCGCAUGUAUUGCUCCCAAUAACUUAACACCCUCUCUGUGUGUAUGUAUUUGUAUCGGUUCGGUGCAAUGGGGGCCGGUAAAUUUUUAAUAUUUUGUUUACUUCUGUGUGUGACGGGUUCAUUAGCCCAAGAAUAUCGUUUAACUAAAAAUAUCAUACCCGAUUUGUAUGACAUACAUAUCAAACCUUAUCUGCGUUCGGAAGACGUUAACAAACAGUUUACAUUCGAUGGUCAAGUCAAUAUAACUCUGCACACAGUUGUCAAGAAUUUAAAAGAGAUUACACUACACAAAGAUCUCAUAGAGGUACUUGAGGCAAUACUUUACGAUGCAAAUGGCAAGGUGGUGCAAAAAAUAGAUAAUAAAUCUAUGAAUUAUGAUUCGAAGACUGAUAAACUUACAUUAAAUUUAUCGACGUCGUUGGCGGUGAAUGAAAGUUAUAAUUUGUACUUUAAAUAUCAGGGUCAGAUACGUGACGGCAAGGAGGGUUUCUAUCGAGCCACCUAUGAUAAUGUUAACUGGUAUGGCAUAACCCAAUUACACAGGAUUGAUGCUCGCACAGUAUUUCCCUGUUUCGAUGAGCCCGAAUUUAAAGCCAAAUUUCGUAUGCAUAUAACUAGGCCCAAUAAGUACAAUUCAUACUUUAAUACCCAAUUAGAAAGAACUACCAGUGAUGAAAACGAUUUCUCCACAGAUCACUUUGAAGAAACUCCUAUAAUGUCCAGUUAUUUGGUGGCAUUUUUAAUAAGUGAUUUUCAGGCCUAUGGCAAUGAGGACUUAAAAAUCAUAAUGCAUUCGAAAUUUAAUGGUAAAACUAAUUUUGCCUAUGAGGUGGGUUUGAAAGCUUUAGACGCCUUAGAUACCUAUACACAAAUACCAUAUAAAUCUAUGGGUAAUACGAUCAUGCAAAAAGUGGGUUCUAAUCAUUUUCCUCAUAGUGGUAUGGAGAAUUGGGGUUUAAUUAUAUAUAAGGAUACGGCUUUGGCUCAUGAACCCGGUUAUACAGAUGGUUGGUCCAAUAAACAAUAUACCGUUAGUUUGGUAACACAUGAAACUGCUCACAUGUGGUUUGGCAAUAGUGUGACUCAUAAAUGGUGGAGUUAUUUCUGGUUAAAUGAAGCUUUACCUAAUUUUUAUCAAUAUUUCUUGGGUCAGGAGAUAUAUCCUGAGUAUGACUUGGAUAAACAAUUUCCUAUUAAGGAAAUUCAUACGGUAUUUGAUAUUGAUGCUACUAAUAAUACACAACCUAUGUCUAGUUCUGAGCAAUCUAUCAAUACACCUUUAGAAAUUGGUUCCAAAUUUAGUGAUAUUGCCUAUUCUAAAGGUGCUGCUAUAGUGCGCAUGAUUAGAAAUUUAAUGGGUAAAGAGAAUUUCGAUGCCGCCAUUAGAGAUUAUUUGAAAGAAAAUCAUUUGAAAACUACCGUACCUGAUGAUCUUUUUAAACAGUUUAAAAAGUAUUGGCCCUCAGGUCCCUCGGUAGAUUUAGAUGAAUUUUUCAAAGACUGGACCGAACAAGUGGGCUAUCCCAUGGUUAUUGUUUCAAUUAGUCCCACGGGACGUUUCUCGGUAAAACAACAAAGAUUUCUGCUAGAUCCUACAGAUGGUAGUGAUGCUUCUCUAAAAUAUACCAUACCUAUUACCUUCAACAAUGAUCAUAUGAAUGAUUUUAAUAAUUUUGUUCCAAAAUUCUAUUUGACCAAAGAUCAAGAUGAAAGAUUAUUUGCUAAUGCGGCUCAUCACAAGUGGAUUAUAGUCAAUACCCAACAAUCGAAUUACUAUAGAGUGUUUUAUGUGGCCGAAUUAUUGCGUGAAAUAUCUAUAGUUUUAAAGGAAUCUGAACACUCGGGUAUACAUGUUAAUAACCGGGCUAGUUUGGUUGAUGAUCUCUUUACCUAUGGCCGCAUUGGCUUAAAAGGUUACGAUGAAGUUUUAGAAUUUAUGGAAUAUUUAGCCACCGAAACCGAAUAUUCACCUUGGCAAGCAGCUUUCAAGGGUUUCGAUACAGUACAUCAACGUUUGACUUUGGCCCAACAAUAUAAAUUUUCUAGCUACCUAUUUGAACUACUUGAUAGGGUAUAUAAGAAGUUGGGUUUUGAAAAUACUAAUAUUUCCGUAUUGGAUGUUUACAAUCGUAAUAAAGUUAUCAGCUGGCUUUGCAAAUAUCACCAUGAGGAUUGUAAUGUUCAAGCCCAAAGUAUGUUCCGUAAAUAUGUAACCUCUUAUAGAAACCCUAAUCCCGAUUUUCGAGAAACCUUAUAUUGUGCUGCUGUGCGUAAUGAUCAAACAGAUAUAUAUGGAAAUUUAAAGGAAAUGUUUUUAAAUCAAAAACUAGCUAGUGAAAAGGAAAAAAUCUUACGUGCCCUGGGUUGUACACGCUAUUUUGUGAAAGAACACUAUGAUUUUAUAUUAUCAAAUAAUGUGGCUGAUGAGUUGAAAGAAGUGGGUCUAAAGAGUUUGUAUAGCCAGACUUCUGAAAAUAUUAUAACGGUAUUUAAUUUAAUGAUUGAAAAUGUAGAGCAGCUAAAGGAAGCCUUACAAACCUGGUCCAAUACCGCUAAUGUAAUCAGUGAAAUUUCCCAAUAUUUAACCACACAAGAGCAAUUGGUAUUAUUAAAACAAUUUACCAAAGACAAAGGCCAUUUAUUCGGUACAUCUGUAACAAUUUUGGAAAAUGCCAUUAAAUCAACCGAAAAGAAUUUCUCUUGGGCUAAAACUCAUUUGACAAAGUUCUUCAAUUAUCUUACUAUACGUAAUGUCAACUAUCGUCUAACUAAAGAUAUUAUACCCGAUUUAUAUGACAUUCAUAUUAAACCUUAUCUAAGAAGUGAAGAUGAAGUGAAACAAUUUACUUUCGAUGGACAAGUUAAUAUAACAUUGCAUGCAGUUAAAGAAAAUCUUAACACGAUAACUUUGCACUCGAAUUAUAUAGAUAUUGCAGAAGCCAUACUUUAUGAUGAUAAGGGCAAGAUUGUGGAAAAUGUUAAUAGUGGUAAAAUACUUUUGGAACCGGUUACCAACAAGUUGACUUUAUACCUAAACUCAAAGCUGGAGUUGUUGAGAAAUUAUACUUUGUAUUUCAAGUAUCAGGGUGAAAUACGUAAUGGUACUGAAGGUGUUUUCGGUAUUACUUAUGACAAUAUCAAUUGGUAUGGCAUAACUCAGUUGCAUAGAAUUGAUGCCCGUUCAGCAUUUCCUUGUUUUGAUGAACCCGAAUUUAAGGCUAAAUUCCGCAUGCAUAUAAGUCGACCCAAAGAAUAUAAUUCUGUUUUCAAUACUAGGCUAAUCGAGUCAACUAUAGAGAGCAACGAUCGAUAUGUGGAUCAUUUCGAGGAGACUCCAGUAAUGUCUACCUAUUUAGUGGCAUUUUUGAUAAGUGAUUAUGAAUCGUAUGGCAAUGAUGAUUUAAAAAUCAUAAUGCAUUCGAAAUUUAAUAAUAAAACUAAUUUUGCCUAUGAGGUGGGUUUAAAGGCUUUAGAGGGCUACGACAACUACACACAGUUACCGUAUAAGUCUUUAGGCAAUACGAUCAUGCAAAAAGUCGGUUCACCUAGUUUUCCUCACAGUGGCAUGGAAAAUUGGGGUUUGGUUAUAUACAAGGAUUCUGUAUUGGCUCACGAACCGGAUUAUACCGAUGGCUGGUACGAUAAACAAUAUACUGUUAGUUUGUUGGUUCACGAAACCGCUCACAUGUGGUUCGGUAAUAGUGUAACACAUAAAUGGUGGAGCUAUUUUUGGUUAAAUGAAGCUUUUGCUCGUUAUUAUCAAUAUUUUAUGGGUCAAGAGCUUUAUCCUGAAUAUGAUUUUGAUCAACAAUUUGUGGUCAAUCAAGUUCAAAUGAUAUUUGAUGUUGACGCUACCAAUAGCACACAACCCUUGACCAGUCUUGAGACAUCUGUUAAUACACCCACUGAAAUCGGAGAUAAAUUUAGUAAUAUUGCUUAUGCCAAGGGAGCCUCCAUAUUGCGCAUGUUUAAAAAUUUAAUGGGUAAAACUAAUUUCGAUAAUGCCAUUAGAGAAUAUUUAAAAGAAAACCACUUGCAAACCACUGUACCUGAAGAUUUCUUUAAAGCAUUGAAAAAAUACUGGCCUUCGGGACAUAAUGUAAACUUAGAUGAAUUUUUCCGUGAUUGGACUGAACAAGAAGGUUAUCCCAUGGUUUUGGUAUCGGCUGUUAAUGGCAGAUAUUCCCUUAAGCAGAAAAGAUUUUUACUGGAUCCUCAAGAUGGUAGUGAUGCCUCUAUUAGAUAUACCAUACCCAUUACCUUUACCCAUGAUAAAAUGAGCGAUUUUUCAAAUCUAACACCCAAAUUCUAUUUAAGUAAAUCACAAUCGGAAAAGGUAUUUGGUAAUAUCAAUCCUCAUCGUUGGAUGAUGGUAAAUAUUCAACAAUCCAAUUAUUAUCGGGUUUUCUACGAUGAUCACUUGUUGGAGAAAUUACGUAUAGCCUUUAAAGAAAAUAAUUUCUCACGUAUUCAUGUAAACAAUCGUGCCAGCAUGGUGGAUGAUCUUUUGACAUUUGCUCGUGCCGGUCUCAGGGGUUACGAUGAGGUUUUGCACUUCUUGGAAUAUUUAGCUACAGAAACAGAAUAUUUACCCUGGCAGUCUGCUUUUAAGAAUUUUGAUCAUUUAUAUCAACGUUUGACUUUGGCUCAACAUGAUAAAUUCUCCUCAUACCUAUUUGAAAUUCUAGAAAAAGUCUAUCUUAAACUGGGCUUCGAGAAAACAAAUGAUUCGGUAUUGGAUGUAUUUAAUCGUAAUAAAGUUAUCAGCUGGCUUUGCAAAUAUCAUCAUGAGGAUUGUAAUGUUCAAGCUCAAAAAUUGUUCCGUUCUCAUUUGUUAGCCAAUACCAAACCAACAACCGAUUUUCGUGAAACUCUAUAUUGUGCUGCCGUACGUAAUGAUAAUACCGAUAUUUAUGGAAAUUUGACGCAAAUUUUCUUGAAACAAAAAUUGGUUAGCGAAAAGGAAAAAAUUCUGCGUGCCAUGGGUUGUAGCCGUUUUAAUGUAAAAGAACAAUUUGAUUUUAUAUUAUCGAAUAAUGUAGCUAACGAACUGAAGGUCAUAGGUUUAAAGGGCUUAUAUAGUCAAACUCCUGAAAAUAUUAUUCCUGUGUUUAACUUGAUUAUUGAAAAUAUCGAACAGUUAUCGGAAAGUUUGCAAGCUUGGUCCACCACUGCUAUGGUGAUCGAAGAUAUUUCUCUGUAUUUAACCAAUCCUGAACAAUUGUCCUUAUUAAAACAAUUUACCCAAGAAAAAGGUUAUUUAUUCGGUACAUCGUUUUACAUUUUGGAGAAUGCUAUUAAAACUGUUGAAAAGAAUUUCAAUUGGUCGACUCAGCAUAUGGGAAAAUUGCUUAAUUAUCUUACACUACGUAAUGUUGAAUAUCGUCUACCGAAAGAGGUGGUACCCGUGGUCUAUGAUAUCUAUAUCAAACCUUACCUUAAGCAAAAAGAUGGUGCUAAACGAUUUACCUUUGAUGGUGAAGUCAAUAUAACUUUACGUGCUAAUGAAAAGAAUCUUAGAAAAAUUAUCUUGCAUAAAGAUUAUAUUGAUAUUUUGGAAGCUAAAUUAUAUGAUGUUAAAGGGAAAUUGAUUGAAAAUAUUUAUAGUGGAUCUAUGCUAUAUGAAUCUUUAACUGACAAGCUUACUGUGUAUUUAUUAAUGCCUUUAGAGAUUGAUACUUCGUACACCCUGUACUUUAAGUAUAAGGGUCAGAUACGCAGCGGUUUGGCGGGAGUUUUCCGAGCCACUUAUGAUAAUGUCAAUUGGUACGGUAUAACCCAGUUGCAAAGAAUUGAUGCUAGAACAGCUUUUCCCUGUUUUGACGAACCCGAAUUUAAGGCCAAAUUCCGUAUGCAAAUAAAUCGGCCCAAUGACUACAAGUCCAACUUCAAUACUCGUCUAGUAAAAUCUACAAAUGAUUCAACCAAUAACUCUAUUGAUUAUUUUGAAGAAACUCCUCUCAUGUCAACAUAUUUAGUAGCUUUCAUUAUUAGUGAUUUUGAAUCUCAUGGUGAUAAAGAUUUUCAACUUAUAAUGCAUUCAAAAUUCCAUAAUAAAACCAAUUUUGCCUAUGAGAUGGGUGCGAAAAUCUUAACAGCUUAUGAUAAUUAUACCCAAAUUCCUUAUAAAUCUUUGGGUAAUGCGAUUAUGCAAAAAGCGGGAUCACCACGUUUUCCACAUAAUGGUAUGGAAAAUUGGGGUUUGGUUAUUUACAAAGACUCAGUAUUGGCUCAUGAACCUGGUUAUACAGAUGGUUGGUCUGACAAAGAAUACACUUUGACUAUUUUGGCUCAUGAGACUUCUCACAUGUGGUUCGGUAAUAGUGUAACCUUUAAAUGGUGGAGUUAUUUCUGGUUAAAUGAAGCUUUUGCCCGUUAUUAUCAAUACUUCUUGGCACAUGAGUUAUAUCCCGAAUAUGAAUUAGACAAACAAUUCACUGUGAAACAAGUACAACUUAUAUUUGCUACCGAUGCCACAAAUAGUACACAACCUUUGACCAGUUUAGAGAGAAAUAUAAAUACACCAAGUGAAAUUGGUUAUAAAUUUAGUGGCAUUACUUAUGCCAAGGGAGCGGCUAUCGUGCGCAUGUUUGCCAAUAUAAUGGGUAAAGAGAAAUUCGAUCAAGCUGUUAGAGAGUAUUUGAAAGAGAAUCAUCUUAAGAACGUAGUGCCCGAAGAUUUAUUCAAAUAUUUGAAAAAACAUUGGCCUAAGGUACACAAAGUAGAUUUGGAUGAAUUAUUUAAAGAUUGGACCGAACAAGUGGGUUACCCAGUGGUUACAGUAUCUGCCAGUCCUAGUGGUAGAUUUACUUUGAAACAAAAACGAUUUUUAUUAGAUCCUAAUGAUGGCAGUGACGCCUCCUUGAGAUAUACCAUACCCAUAACAUUUAACAAUGAUAUGAAGAACAAUUACACAGAAUUCACACCCAAAUUCUAUUUCAAUAAAACUCUAGACGAAGUGGCUUUCGGUAAUACUGCUCAUCACGAUUGGGUUAUAGUGAAUACACAACAAUCCAAUUAUUAUCGAGUUUUUUACGAAGCCGAUCUUCAAAAGAAUUUACGUAAAGCAUUCGAACAAGUUAAUCAUUCGGGUAUACAUGUCAGCAAUCGUGCUAGUGUGGUGAAUGAUAUUUUUGCUUUUGCUCAAAUUGGUAUGAAAGGCUAUGAUGAAGUGUUGGACUUUAUGGAAUAUUUGGCCACUGAAACAGAGUUCACACCUUGGUAUGCUGCUUUUAAGGGUUUCGAUUACCUCUAUCAACGUAUGACUUUGGCUCAACAUGACAAAUUUGCUUCUUAUCUUGUGGAAAUAAUUGACAAAGUUUAUCGGAAAUUGGGCUUUGCAAGUUCUCAAGAUACUAUUUUAGAUGUCUAUAAUCGCAAUAAUGUUAUCAGUUGGCUUUGCAAAUAUCAUCAUAAAGAUUGUAAUGCUCAAGCUCAGCAAAUAUUCCGUUUGCAUUUGUCGGCCAACACCAAGCCAUCGCCUGAUUUCCGGGAAACUUUAUAUUGUUCAGCCUGUCGCAAUGAUAAAACAGAUAUUUAUGCAAAUCUAAAGAAAAUGUUCGCUAAAGAAGAAUUAAUUAGUGAAAAAGAAAAGAUUUUACGUGCCAUGAGUUGCACACGUUAUUAUGUGUUAGAUCAGUAUGCGUUCUUAUUGUCCAGUAAUGUUUCUGCCGAUUUGAAAACUCUGGGUUUGAAAAAUUUAUACUCUCAAACUCCGGAAAAUAUUAUGCCAGUGUUUAAGCUGAUAAUUGAAAAUGUUGAGCAACUGCAAGAAGCUUUGCAAAGCUGGUCCACCACUGCUGAGAUUAUACGAGACAUUUCAAACUAUUUAACCACCCAAGAGCAAUUGUCACUUUUAAAACAAUUUACUCAAGACAAAGCCGUUGAAUUUGGAACAUCAAUUACCAUUUUGCAAGAUGCCAUUGCUACAACCGAAAGCAAUUUAAAAUGGUCGGUUAGUCAUUUGGGAAAUAUGAUACGCUAUCUGAAUAAUCGUAAACCUCAAUAUCGUUUAACUAAGGAAGUUCUACCGGAUUUAUAUGAUAUUUAUAUUAAACCCUAUCUGCAGUCUAAAGAUGCUGCUAAACAAUUUACUUUUGAUGCUGAAGUUAAUAUCACCCUUCAUGCUGUUGAAGAUAAUAUUAGAAAGAUUACUUUACACAAAGAUUAUAUAGACAUUUUGGAGGCAGUACUCUAUGAUUCCAAAGGAAAUGUUGUGGAAAAUAUACAGAACGAAGCUUUACUGUAUGAAACUCUUACAGAUAAGCUAGCGGUUUAUUUGUCUAAAGAUUUGGAGGAGAAUAAAAAGUAUACCUUAUACCUGAAGUAUCAAGGACAGAUACGUAACGGUUUAGCUGGAGUUUUUAGAGCCACCUAUGAUAAUGUCAAUUGGUAUGGCAUAACACAAUUACAAAGAAUCGAUGCCCGUACUGCAUUCCCCUGCUUUGAUGAGCCCGAAUUUAAGGCGAAAUUCCGUAUGCGUAUAAGUCGUCCUAAGGAAUAUAAUUCUUUCUUCAAUACCCGGCUUACCGAAAUAGUUAACGAAGGAAAUGGACGUUAUGUUGACUAUUUCGAAGAAACACCUAUAAUGUCUACAUAUUUAGUGGCAUUUUUAAUAAGUGAUUUUGAUAGUUUCGGUUAUCGGGACUUUAAAAUUAUCAUGCAUUCAAAAUUCAAUGGUAAAACCAAUUUUGCUUUUGAAGUGGGCGUAAAAACAUUAGAAGCUUUUGAUAGCUAUACCCAACUGCCUUAUAAAACUUUGGGCAAUACGUUAAUGCAAAAGGCUGGAUCCACACGUUUUCCACACAAUGGCAUGGAGAAUUGGGGUUUAGUUAUAUACCAUGAUUCUGUUUUAGCUCAAGAACCCGAUUAUACAGAUGGUUGGUCCGAUAAACAAUAUACUUUAACUAUAUUGGCUCACGAAACUUCUCACAUGUGGUUUGGCAAUAGUGUUACCUUUAAAUGGUGGAACUAUUUCUGGUUGAAUGAAGCUUUUGCCCGUUACUAUGAAUAUUUCAUGACUCAUGAAUUAUAUCCCGAAUAUGAAUUGGACAAACAAUUCACUGUUAAACAAGUUCAACUUAUAUUUGAAACAGAUGCUACCAAUAAUACACAACCCCUAACUAGUCUGGAGGAAACCAUAAACACACCGAGUGAAAUUGCUUACAAAUUCAGCGGUAUUACUUAUGCUAAAGGAGCAGCUAUCGUGCGCAUGUUUGCCAAUAUAAUGGGUAAAACGAAUUUCGAUCAAGCUGUCAGAGAGUAUUUGAAAGAAAACCACUUAAAGAACGUCGUGCCCGCAGAUUUAUUCAAAUAUUUGAAAAAACAUUGGCCCAAGGAACACAAAGUAGACUUGGAUGAAUUAUUUAAAGAUUGGACCGAACAAGUGGGUUAUCCAGUGGUUACAGUAUCUGCCAGUCCUAGUGGUAGAUUUACUCUGAAACAAAAACGAUUUUUAUUAGAUCCUAAUGAUGGUAGUGAUACCUCUCUGAAAUAUACCAUACCCAUAACCUUUAACAAUGAUAUGAAGAACAAUUACACAGAAUUUACACCCAAAUUCUAUUUCAAUAAAACCCUAGAAGAAGUGGCUUUCGGUAAUACUGCUCAUCACGAUUGGGUUAUAGUGAAUACACAACAAUCCAAUUAUUAUCGAGUUUUCUACGAAGCCGAUCUUCAGAGAAAUUUGCGUAUAGCUUUUGAACAGGAAAAUCAUUCGGGCAUACAUGUCAGCAAUCGUGCUAGUGUAAUUGAUGAUCUUUUCACUUUUGGUCAUGUGGGUCUUAAGGGUUAUGAUGAAAUUUUUGAAUUUAUGGAAUAUUUAGCUGCAGAAAUAGAGUAUACACCCUGGUAUGCAGCCUUCAAAGGUUUUAAUAAGGUGUAUGUACGUUUGACCUUAGAACAACAUAAAGAAUUUGGCAAAUUUUUAAUUGAUGUGCUCGAUAAAGUUUAUAAAAAACUAGGAUUUGAAAAUCCUAAUGAUACUAUUUUGGAUGUCUAUAACCGUAAUAAAGUUAUUAGUUGGCUUUGUAGAUAUCAUCAUGAAGAUUGUAAUGAUCAAGCCAUACUUAAAUUCAAUGCCCACUUAAAGGCCAACACCAAGCCAUCGCCUGAUUUCCGUGAAGUUUUAUAUUGUGCUGCUAAUCGCAAUGAUGCCAGAAAUGUUUAUCAUAAUCUCACGAUAAUGUUUAACAAAGAAGAAUUGAUAAGUGAAAAGGAAAAAAUUUUACGGGCCAUGGGUUGCACACGUUAUACUAUUGAGUCCCAUUUUGCAUUUAUAUUGUCCGAUGGCGUUCCUCAGGAUCUUAAAACCAUAGGCUUAAGUAGUUUGUAUAAUCAAACUCCUGAAAAUAUAAAAACAGUAUUUAAUCUAAUGAUCGAUAAUGUGGAGGAACUCAAAGAAGCUUUACAAAGCUGGUCCACCACUGCUGCUGUAAUCAGCGAUAUUUCCAAUUAUUUAACCACUCAAGAAGAACUUAACACUUUGAAGCGCUUUACCAUUGAAAAGGGUCAUCUCUUUGGUUCAUCAGUGGUAAUUUUGGAAAAUUCCAUUACCUCUACCGAAAAUAAUCUUAAAUGGGCCGCUUCACAUUUGGGCAAAUUGUUUUCGUAUCUCAAUGGACGUAACAGUGCAGCGACAACUACUGCAGCCCUAUUUUUAAUACCCCUCUCCUUGAUAACAUUGCAAAUGUUUAUGUAAAUUAGAUUUUGUUAAAAAAAUGUUGUUAGUUUUCCAUAAAAAAAAACAUAAACUCUAUUGAAAUUGUAGCAAUUAUGUAAAAUUACAGUAAUUAAAUUAAAACAAAACUGUAUUAUAACGAAGUGCCAUAUGAAUAUUUCGUUUAACUUAAUGAUAUUAUGCAAAUGAAAAUGUUUUACAAAUUAAAUACUUAAAAUAGUGCCAUAUUUUUAAAAACGAAAAAUGUAAAUAAAUAAAUUAAAUAAUACAUGGAUUUCAAAUGGUUACAACUUAUUGGGAUCAUUA